CAUACAGUGAGCCGCGUAUCUCUCUCGGGACGCCAUAUACCUGAAUUAUCGAUGUGACCGUUUGCAGUAGCAUUCGCAGUCGCUUCCAUCAUUAUAAUAUCUCUUUUAUUGCCAGCUCCGUGCCUACAUCCUCUCGUUGCUACCAAUUCGUGACUUGUCAAAACAAAUCGCGUUCAAAUGCAGCGAGCUGACUCGCCGACCGAAAGAGUACGCUCUAAAACGUAAUUAUUAUGCAGUGGUGACUCCACAGGUGCGCACAAGUGAGAGUGUGUGUUGGAACUUUGUGCCUAGUGCCAGUUACGGUAGCGUUUCAGUGUCUUUGUUAUCAGUAUCAAUAUUGAGUCAACGAGGCUCCAAGAUAUAUGUGAAAAAAAGAGAAAAAGAAAAAGAAAUCGAGCAUCAGCGACGCGUACAUCGACUCGGCGUCGUCGCAAAUACGUUGAAAAUCGGCGCGAAUAAAACCCAAACGUGGGCUGGAAUCGACGAUCGUCGACUCGAGCUGCCAAGCACCGCUGAAAUGUUGAUAUCGUUAACCAGUCCAAGGCUAUAAGGCUUCACAGCCGACCGAAUCGGCGCCAAUUAGCUCGGAAUCCAGGCCCAAAAAGUGGCUACCAGAUAUUAUCAUGCCGACUGACCUUGUAGUAUCUUCAGCUAGCGAAGAACGGACUCUUAGCCAAUCAUCUCGUCCUUCGACAUCGGGUUCAAGCAGCACUCGAGAUGGGGAACGAUCCUCAUCGAGGGGUAGUUACGAUGGCUCACUAGGCUCGUAUCAUCACGGACAUGGCUACGUCGCAGGGCUUGGCCAUCCCCAUCAUCACCGAGAGUCUUCGGCCUUUGUACCUGUAGUGCCUUCAAGGCUUCAUUUAACAGCCUAUCCUAACGAAAUACAUUCACAUUUACCCUCGGCUACGUCAAAUUCGUCGAAUAACGCGACAUCUUCGUCCAACAGCAAUCAGGAGCGCGAAUCAAGCAUGGAAAAUACGAACGCUCGGAAAAGCUCGUCCAGCUACGAAAUAAUGGCGAUGAUGGCUGAUAAGAGAAAAGAGCUGGCCGCUAGAACACUGCUCUUACCACCUUCGUCCUUGCUUGAACCACCUCCAGGUUAUCCUGUAUUUCCAGGACCCUUUCCCGGAGGAUCGGCACUUUACCCCCCGGGGGGACAGUUGGCUCAUCAACACUUGGACCGAAGAUUGCUCAGAGCACCGGGUAGAGCAUCCCGGCCUAAAAAACAAUUCAUAUGUAAAUUUUGUAACCGACAGUUUACGAAAAGUUACAACCUGUUGAUACACGAGAGGACACAUACUGAUGAGAGGCCAUAUUCCUGCGACAUUUGUGGCAAAGCUUUUCGUCGACAGGAUCAUCUUCGAGAUCAUCGGUACAUUCACAGUAAAGAGAAACCAUUCAAGUGUAACGAAUGUGGUAAAGGAUUUUGCCAAAGUCGCACCUUGGCUGUACAUAAAAUUUUGCACAUGGAGGAAUCACCUCACAAAUGUCCAGUUUGCUCUCGAAGCUUUAAUCAACGCAGUAAUCUCAAAACGCAUCUACUAACACAUACUGAUCACAAGCCCUAUGAGUGCAACUCGUGCGGUAAAGUUUUCCGUAGAAAUUGUGAUCUUCGUAGACAUGCCUUGACUCAUGCAGUGGGAGAUGUACCCCCGGAAGCAUUAGAAGAUCUACGUGACGAUGAUAGUCCCGAAGAAGACAGUGGUCCAGAACCGGGUCCAUCUUCCGCAAGCUCUCACUCGACGACAAUGUCAAAGCCACCGAGCGGAUCAGCAUCUGCGACUGAAUCUGCGAGUUCAAGUUCCAAAACGUCGCAAUCCAAUAUUUUUUCAUCACCUCGACCACAAUUGCAAAUUCGUCGAGACUUGCUGCUGGCAAAGCCGAAUAAAAUUACGAGCAGUGGUAAUCUGGCUUCGCAGAGUUCGGGUGGGCCAAUGCCCCCACCUAUACCUUUAAUGCUCAUGUCCUACAACAGAAGAAGAAUCGGUUCUCCCGGGCCAUCGCGUGCCCUCAUAGAAAUGCAGGAACGCGAACGAGAAAGGGAGAGAGAGCAACGAGAGGCGGAGAGCGAGCGAGAACGUGACUUGGAGCUUGAACGGAAGAGAGAACGGGAGCGCGAACGUGACCAAGAGCGAGAACGAGAAAAAGCACUGACUCCACAACCAGCGACAAGACAACCACCUACUAGGCAAGGCUUCACUAUUGCAGAUAUAAUGCGCCGGUAGACUAUAAUUAAGUUUAUUCUUACGUCAAUGUUUCAUAUUUUCACGUUUUUUUCUAAAUCGAAUCUUAUGUUAAUGCUUUCGUGGAUUUGAAAAUUCAUAAUUUUGUAAAUAAUUUUGUUAAUCAAAAAACAUUUGAUGUGAUUAGAAAGAAUUCAAGGGCGAACUUAACUGCGAUCGUUGAUGUGCAUUUUACUUAAAAGUCGAUAUUUUAUUUUUUUUUAUCCUAUACUCGUUGUCAUUGUAAAAAAAUAUUUAAACAACUUUGGUUUUAUAAUAUGUUCAAAAAUAUCUGAUUCCAAAAUUGUAAAAAAUUAUAUCGGGGUGAGAUUAUUGUUCUCAUUCAUCUAUUUCAGUAACAGAUUUAUUUUAAUAUUCUAAACUUUUAACUGUUCUAAGCAGAACGUGAUAAAUCAGCGCAAUAACAAGAACUCUAGCAUAUUAAGUAUUUUUUAAAAAUAUUUUUAUAAAAUUGUAAACAUAAUAUUAAGUUAUAUUAACUAUUGUUUAAUUUGGCAAUACAAUACGAAGAUAAUUAUCAUACAUGAAAUGUAUUUUAAAUAUAAACUAAUAAUUUAAUAUGCUUGUUCUUAAGUGAUUUGUAAGUUAAUUGUGAAUUAUUACUUUCACUGCAAUGAUUCAAAAAAUCAAGAUUGAAUGUGUUGAAUUUUUUAUAAGCAAAAUGUAAAUAAACGUAGAAGUACGAGAGUGAAAAAUUAUAGAUAAAUUAAAGUUAAUAACAUCACAGUGCCAAAUAGAUUAUUCAAGUAUAUAAAGCUUCUAAAGUAACUUGAAUUUUAAAACGAAACUGUUAAAGUAAUGGCAAUUGCCCUAUUUUCCAGUACUUUUAAAAUAGAGUAGUCAAGAACAUACAACAUUGAAACAUCGAUGUUGAAAAAAUAGGAAAGUUCCAUGUUGAAAUAGCUAUUUUAAACUUUGUCAUUUCAAUACAUUCGAACAAAUUUAUUAUACUUCUACAAAUAUUUUUUUCAUGUACAAGUGAAUCAGACUCAUUCCAUUAUCAGCCCAUGACUCUUUUGAUAAAAAAUUGCAUUAUGCAAAAAAUAUACAUUCGUGUAAGAUUGUAUAGAUGCUCGAUUAGGCAUUAAUAACUAUAUGUUCAUGUUUGCUUAAAAAUGAGUGUAGAAUGAAAAUGAGAAAAAUAACUUUGAAAUAUGUUACUGCGAAUGUGCUCUCUUUCUUAAGCUCUCUUUACUUUAUUUGCUUGGUCAAAACUUAAAAUUUUCAUUUAUUUAUUUCAAGUAAUACAUUUUAAUUAUCAGUGUUUGUAUUUUUGAAAAAUUGAGCAAUAUUUUUAUAUUGGCAGUGACUUGAAGACGUGUGCCUUUUGACGAUAUUUACAGUUCUACGAUUGCAAAAAAUUAUAUUU